AUGGAAAACGAAAUUCGACGUAUUACAUCGGAGAGGGGAAAUGAUUUGUUGCUAGUCAAUGGGCACAAAUUUAGGUGUAUCAGGAAGCGGGCUGAUGGAUAUGUAAGAUGGAGGUGCUGUAAGAAACAGUGUAAGUCCACAGUGUUGAUGACGAUUGAUGAUUUAAUUAUAGAAAAUACUAGUGAACAUAACCAUCCUGUUGAUCCGAUACAAAAAAUUGAUCGACAAGUAUUGAGAGAAAGUUGCAAGCGAAAAGCUACAAGUAUAAUAUAUCUACCCGACCAAUAA